UCAGAUAUUCUGAUAUGUAAACUUCCGUUUUCCUCCCAGACAGACUUACUCGAGAAGAGAGUGUAGAAAAACAUGUGAAAUUCGUACACUUGUCAGUAAUUGUAAUUAAUUCAUGGCGACAAAUAAAGAUUCUAAUAAAUCUGGCACGACUCAUGUAAGUUUUGUUUGCCAGCGAUGUCGUCAACCUCUCAAACUUGACCAUAGCUUCAAUACCCUUGAUCGACAACUUCUUGCUGAGCUUACAGCACCGUUCACUGCUGUCAGUACUGCUGAAGAUGAGCUGGACAUCAUCUCAAAACCUGUACUGGAGGAUGUUAAAGUGGAUGAAAACUACUCCAAAAGAAAUUUGAUAAGGACGAAUCAACCUGACGAAGAUGCUGGAGAUUUUCUUCUGUUGGGGGAGACAAACCCUGGCAACAUGGACAACCUCAGUCACAGAAUACGAAUUUCGAGUGCGUUGUUUGACAUCAUGUCAGGCCAGUCUGAUGUAGACCAUCCUCUCUGUGAGGAAUGUACAGACAACCUUCUGGACCACUUAGACAACCAGUUAAAGAUCACAGAGGAUGAAUGUAAAGAUUACAGAGAAUUCCUUGAAAAUUUGGACAACUCUAACACUGAAGAAAAUGAUUCCAAUUUAGAUGAAGAAUUGAAGCAGCUGCAGACAGAGGAACAGUCCCUGAGACAGCAGUUAGAAAACCUGGGUAAGGAGGAGCAGGUAACAGAGGAAGCUCUAGUGAAGGAGAGGGACAUCAGUCAGAAGUUAGAGGAGGAGGAAGACAAGUACUGGAAGGAAUAUAAUGAGUACAAAAGACAGGUCCAGGAAUUAGAGGAUGAACAGCGAAGUGUUGACAACCAACUGAAAUAUGCACAAACUCAGCUGGACAAGCUAAAGAAAACCAAUGUGUUCAAUACCACCUUUCAUAUAUGGCACAGCGGUCACUUUGGGACUAUCAAUAAUUUUCGUCUUGGAAGAUUGCCAAGUGUUCCUGUUGACUGGAAUGAAAUAAAUGCUGCAUGGGGACAAACUGUCUUGCUCUUAAAUUCAUUAGCAAAGAAGAUGAAUUUAACAUUUCAGAGGUUCCGAUUGGUACCAUAUGGAAAUCACUCAUACAUAGAGUCAUUAACAGACAAAUCCAAAGAACUUCCAUUAUAUGGUUCUGGUGGAUUCCGGUUCUUCUGGGACACAAAAUUUGAUCAAGCUAUGGUGGCUUUCUUGGACUGUCUACAACAGUUUAAAGAAGAGGUGGAAAAAGGAGACACAGGAUUCUGUUUACCUUACAAGAUGGAGAAAGGAAAGAUCGAAGACAGCAGUACGGGAACAUCAUACUCAAUUAAGAUUCAGUUCAACUCUGAAGAACAGUGGACAAAGGCUUUGAAGUAUAUGUUGACAAACUUGAAGUGGGGUCUGGCAUGGGUGUCCUCACAGUUUGCCAAUAAGUGACAGAUGGAGUAGUGAUAUUGCGUGACAAUAUUAUGUUGUGUAUUUAUGAACUUGAUUUAUUGAAACUUAAAUUUCAUUGCAAUAAAAUGUAAACACAGCU